GGGACCCUCGAAAAUAAGCCGAAACGAUGAAACGUCUGUCAACCUUCAAACUGGACUACGUGCCGGGGGUGCUGGUCCUGGACUGGAAGAUGAGCAUGUACCUCCUCAAGGGAAGACGCUUAAGGAUGCUGAAAAUAUGUUUGUGGAAGAGGGGCAUCAUGAUCAUGGCUCUUGUGCGAAAGGGAAUAGUUGUCAAGGGGAUCGGUCGGGUGAUGUUGAUAAAUGAUUGGAUGUUCCAAUCCCUUCUGCACGAUGAGUACAUUGCGCUCUCCAAUGAGGAGAUUGUAAGAAUGACAUUUGAUUUGCCCUAUUGUCCGACGGAUGGGACUAUUCUGGAGCCCUUCUUCGUUGCUCGCAUACAAAGUCUCAUGAAAAGAAUUAUUGUUGGUAUUGCUUCUUCCGCUCCUCCUUCGGCCACUGUCUGUCCACUGUCAUUAUCGGCACCGUCUCCUGCGAAUUGUCAACGUCUUGCAGAUUAUGCUUCGCCGUCCAAUGUGGGAACGCCCAUCGUCACUGCUUCUACAGUUGUUUCUGCUUUGCCUGCCGCUAUGUUUACUCCAUCUCCUGCUCCUUGCGUUAUCCCCGCUCCUGUCUCACCAUCUGCACAAUUGCAUGUCCGUAUAGGAGGUUUGCCAGAAGUCACUCUUUCUACUUUUGAUAUUGCCGUCUAUGAGUCUCUUGCAUCCGUUGGUCCCAAAAACGUGCAUGCGCAUCUCUUCUAUCUUGAUAGCUCUCACAGGUUGCAAGAUAUCACGCAAGCGGCUGAGGAGUUGUAUACGGAUAUGAACACGUGGAGGUCUGUUGAUGCUGCCAUCCAUCUUGACUACCAUCGGCAGCGACAAAGUCGAUUUCAAACUUUUGAGGAUUAUCGCCGGAAAGUGCUGCAACAGAGUUCUGUUCGUGACAUGUUGCGAGAAUUUCGUUCCACUGAUGGGAGUUGAUUGCUCUUACAUAAAAUAGAGAGAGAGAGAGAGAGAGAGAGACAAACAGAGGGACAACAAAAGCAGAUAGAUAAA